ACCGCGGAAUCUCAAGUCUUUCGUUCAUUGGGGGGUUUUGAGAUGCACACUCGCAUUGGCGGAUCUAUCAUCUGACGGUGCGGGCCGGGCUGAGCCGAGCUUCGGGUCACGCCCCUGGCUACGCUGCGCUUACGGGGGGGCUCCCCACGAUGUGUCUCCACGCAGCCCACGCGACCUCUUCUAUAACUUUUCCUGCCUUCCAAUACGCAGCCAAUUUCCUCCAGUCCAAGUGUCCACGGUCUCUCGCUCGACGACUACGACGACAAGCACUGAUCCCUUGCUUUUAUCAGGGGCGCAGGAGGAUCGCUUAGCCCCCCAGCCGCUCGCUCAAAGGACCCUGCUGUGACUCAUCAUGGCGUCUGGCCUCUUCUUCAACCCGGCCGUGCUGCUGCGUGUCGCGCCGCUCAUUACCUCGACCAUGGCGAUGCGCUUCUCACACGACCAGUACUUUAUGCUCGACGCCCUGCUGGCCCCCGAGCACCGCAACCGCGCAAACGACCUGGUCCCGUCCUACUUCCGUGCCUUUUUCUCCAAGGGCAUAUGGGACAUUGCGGCCCUCUACACGCUCACCACGGCCACGGGCUUGGCGAAUAUCUUGGGCGCUGGGAACGCAGCCGGGGUCUCUCCCAGCUCAAGUGCGCGCGGUUGGUUCAUCGCGGGCACGACACUGGCUGUGCUGCACAUGGCCUUCGUACCAAAGAUCAUGUGGCCCGUAGAUGCGCUGCUCAAGGACGAGCCCAAAGGCCACGGCAACGAGAACCUGCGCAAGUGGCUCAACGUCCACGUUGUGCGCUCGUGGUGCGUCGACAUCCCUGCCUGGGCGUGCUUCGUUGUCGCCUGCCUGCAGUCGCUGCAAGUCGUGCCAAACUAGAGGCCUCCUCUAUUAGUGCCCAGCACGGCAAAAGAAGGACGGCAUGAUGACCAGAUGCUUCAAACUGGCUUUUGGACGGCCUUUUACCAUUAGACUUGGCUCUGGAGGGGCAUCAUAUAUCCUGUAUGACCAUGAUGUAACGUAAUCCACAAGUGGGUGAAUCACACAAGUGGAUGAAUCAGUUAUCGGGUACUCGUACGACAAUGUAUAAGUCAAUUCAACCAUAACGCCUCAAAUCAAUUCAAACUAUUCGGAAUCCUCUUCUUCAGAGGCAGAUAUAACUUUCUGACACGUACGAGCAUUAUGCCCGGGCUCGCCGCAGACGCCACAUCGUCGCGCGCGCAUUUCGGGCCUCCUCGUACGACCACUAUUCUGACUCGUUUCCGCUAUUAACUGCUGCGUCGCAUCGAUUUGAGCCUUCAAAUCCUUUGCCUGAUCAAUUGUGAGGGACCCUCCUUUCUGUAGCUGCUUUCU